AUGGACGAACUCGUGCGCCGAUUCGAAAGGGCUACGGCUCCCGGUGAAGGUAGAGUAUUGGCUGGGGCGGUGAUAGCAUCAGCGUCAAGUUCAGGGGAUACAUUCACACGAGCCUUUGGAACCACAAGUAUCAACGACAAUGCAGAAUCACUUGCGCCUUCGGAUAUCAUGUGGCUGGCGUCGUGUACGAAGCUACAGACGACUGUAGCGGCACUUCAAUGCGUUGAACGAGGUCUUCUCACCCUGGAAGAUGAUCCAAGUCGAAUACUGCCGAACUGGAACACCCCGGAUGUCCUUGUCGGAUUCGAUGAAACAAUAGACCAACCUCUGUUCAAGAAACCCAACAAUCCAAUCACGCUGAGGAUGCUCUUGACGCACUCGUCAGGUUUGGCCCUGGAGCAAAGCUCUCCCUCCCUGUUGAGGUUGAAACACAAGAAUGGCUUUACGAAUGCGAGCAAUGUUAGUAGUCAGGGAGAUAUCAUAGAUGCAAUACGCAGCGCCUUCACGCAACCUUCGGAAGCUGAACUACCACUGGUGUACGAGCCAGGAGAAGGGUGGUCUUAUGGCUCCAGCCUCGACGUGGUAGCCCGGAUGAUCGAGCAUGUCACCGGUUUCGGUCGACUGGGAGAUUACAUGUUGGAGAACAUCUGGAAACCUCUCGGAAUGUCCGCGACUACUUUUAGGCCAGCUACUCGACCCGACCUCAGGGUUGUCCCUCUAACAGUCAGAUUACCAUCGCAACAACUUGCCGAUGGUUCUAACCUCCCGUUUCCAAACAAAAAUCCUGAGCAGGACAGCGGCGGAUCUGGUAUUUUCAGUAGUGCAGAGGACUAUCUAAAGCUUCUCAAGAGCUUAUUAAUGAACGACGGAAUUCUCCUCCGAUUCGAGACGGUGGAAGGCAUGUUUAAGCCUCAACUGGAAAACGAUCAGCCCGUGAAUGAAGCUUUUCACAACCCCACUUUGGCACAAUAUCUCUUACCUGGAGUACCAAAUGAUCGACAAUGGAAUUGGGGGUUUGGCGGCGUCAUAGCAACCAAUGGCAUCCCUGGUCGCGGAAAGGAAGGGACCAUGACCUGGAGUGGGAUUUCAAAUCCUCAAUGGUGGAUCGAUCCAUUAGGAGGCACGUGUGGCAUCUUUGCUACGCAGCUACUUCCACCAGGUGAUAAUGGUGCGGCUGCAUUGUACGCAGAUUUCCAGAGGGCAAUUUACCAGCAGAAUGUAAAGUUAUGA